AUGCGUAAAGAACAAUCCGAUUUUGGUUGGGACUGGGGCCCUGCCUUUGCCCCAGCUGGGCCAUGGAAGCCAGCGCGCAUCGUCCAGUUGCAGAGCAGGAAUAUCCAUGUUGUUAACACGGACCUGGACAUCUACAGAAAGGGUCAGAUCAACUAUCUUUCACCGGACCAAGAACAACCAUGGGUUGUCAAUGCUAGCCUUGAUUUCGUCGGUAGCCUCCCCAGACGCCCGCGUCUGUUCGUUGAGAUCAGGGAUAUCGAAUCCGGUGAACUUCUCGCAGGACAGCUCUCCCGAGAUGUUAUGGUGACUGAAAGCUCAAUCACAGGGGUAGUAGAUCUCACUGGCAUCACGCCAGAGCUGUGGUGGCCAUCUGGCCUUGGGAACCAGCAUUUGUAUAACAUCACAAUAACUGUCGACAGCGAUGAUGGGGAAAUAGCUCGCGUCACUAAGCGAACUGGAUUCCGGACAAUCUUCCUCAACCAACGCAAUGCCACUGAUAGUCAGCGAGCUCAAGGAAUAGCCCCUGGGGCGCACUGGCAUUUUGAGGUAAACGGAAAGGAGUUUUAUGCGAAAGGCUCCAAUCUCAUUCCUGUUGAUGCGUUCUGGCCGCGAGUGACCACCGAGAAGAUGACAAGGUUAUUUGAUGCAGUUAUCGCAGGGAACCAAAACAUGCUCAGGGUGUGGUCGUCGGGUGCAUACCUGCAUGACUUCAUUUACGACUUGGCAGACGAGAAAGGGAUUCUUCUAUGGAGCGAGUUCCAGUUCAGCGAUGCCAUGUAUCCUGUGAGAGAAGAAUUCCUGAAUAAUGUUGCCCAAGAGGUAGUUUACAAUGUGCGCCGAGUGAACCAUCAUCCAUCUCUCGCUCUGUGGGCAGGCGGAAACGAGAUUGAAAGUCUGAUGCUUCCACAGUCGAGGGAACUCGAUCCAGAGAACUAUCCGAGGUACGUGGAGGAAUAUGAAAAACUAUACAUCAGCCUCAUCCUACCGCUCGUGUAUGAAAACACGCGCUCCAUCUCCUACAGCCCCAGCAGCACAACGGAAGGGUACCUAAGCGUCAACCUUUCUGCGCAAGUCCCAAUGACCGAGAGGUACGAAAAUCGCGAAGCCGGAUCCUACUACGGCGACACAGACUACUACAACUACAACACCACCGUCGCCUUCAACUACUCCAACUACCCCGUCGGUCGCUUCGCCAACGAAUUCGGCUUCCACAGCAUGCCCAGUCUCCAAACCUGGCAGCAAGCCCUUGACCCCGCUGACCUCCACUUCAACAGCAGCGUCAUCAUCCGCCGAAACCGUCAUUACCUGCCCCAAGGCCCAGACUCCUGGGAAGGUUCAGUCCUCGGCAUGGGCGAGAUGACACUCGCCGUAGAGAAAUACUACCCGAUCUCCGAAAAUCAAGACCCCAUUGCGAAUUUCUCGGCCUGGUGUCAUGCCACGCAGCUCUUCCAGGCGGACUUUCAUAAGUCUCAGAUUCAGUUCUACCGUAGGGGAAGCGGGAUGCCGGAACGGCAGCUUGGAUCGCUUUAUUGGCAGCUGGAAGAUAUUUGGCAGGCGCCUACGUGGGCGGGGAUUGAGUAUGAUGGUCGAUGGAAGGUGAUGCACUACGUUACGAGGGAUGUAUAUCAGCCUGUUAUCAUCUCUCCUUUUUGGGACUAUGCCACGGGAGAUCUUGAAGUCUACAUUACGUCUGAUUUAUGGGAGUCGUCGACGGGAAUUGUGACUCUAAAAUGGUUGACUCUUUCUGGAGAUGAGAUGGCGAAUAACGCUGGAACACCCACUACACUCUCAUUCAACGUCGGCGCUAUCAACACAACUAGGGUCUACAGUACAAAUAUCCGAGACCUCAACAUCCCAGAGCUCAAAGACUCAAUCCUCCUUCUCUCCGUUUCUAGCCAAGGCCAUUGUCCGAACUCCGAAGAUGUCACCACGUUCACACACGAGAACUACUUCACACCAGUCUUCCCAAAAGAUCUAGCCAUAGUUAACCCCGACCUCGAGCUCUCAUACGACGACGAAACCGAGGUCUUUACAGUGGAAGCUAAAUCGGGCGUGUCUCUAUAUACAUGGCUAGACUACCCAGCUGGCCUGGUGGGAUAUUUCGACGAGAACGCCUUCGUGCUUAUCCCCGGGCAACGUAAAGAGAUCGAAUUUGUUACGCAAGUGGAUGGCAAGGACGGAGAGUGGCAGAGGAAGGUAACCGUACGGAGUCUUUGGGAUCAAAGAGCGACAUAUUAG